AUGCCUCGUUGGACCUUUGAGUUAGCCCCUAAUACUCUCACCAAACAGGAAAAGGGCACCAUCGCGAAAAAAGUCACAGAACUAUAUAUCCGCCGCGGCGUCCCUAGCUUCUUCAUUAACGUCUUCUUUCACGAGAAUGGCGAAAACAAUUUUUAUAGUGGGGGAAAGUGCCCUCCCAGUGCUAUUUUCUUCCACAUCGAUCACGCUAUUAGAAAGCUUCCGGAUGAGGAAGCCCGGAAACUCUUCAUCUCCGAAGCAAACGAUAUUGUGAGUCCUAUCUUUGACCCCAAGGGAAUCAAAUGGGAGUCCAACAUCUACGAACAUCCUAGAUACAACUGGAGAAUCAACGGCAUGAUACCUCCCGUCGAACACCCAGAAAUUAUGAAGGAGUGGAUCACCAAGGAUGCACCGAUCCCAUAUGAGGAUGCGUGA